AUAACCACAAAUCAUGAAAAAUUAUUACAAGUAUCUAUCAUCACUUUACAAAACAGAUGGACAAUAAUGGCACGAUAAAGCAAAUUAUAAACGAUAAAAUUACAAUUCAUCCCAUAAUUGAUGGCAGAAUGUAUUAAACAGAAAGAGAAAAGACUACAUCGUGGAUGGAAUCAAAACGAGGAUGCUGCGCGCCUGCUUUCUCUUCGAUUUCCCCUUCGGCCGGUAAUGAACCACAGAGCAAUCGUUAUCAGACGAUCAAACCAGUAACAGAAUGCUGCAGCCUGAGGAAGUGUAAGUACGCGAAAUCGCAAGUAGAGACGGAAUUUUGCAACACACAGAGAUUGCUCGACAGGAUUCGUCACUUGAAGAAUAGUAUUCAGGAGUUGGAAUGUGCUCAGCAACAAAUUAGACACAGAGUUAAGGAGAGGAAAGACGCUCCUUGUCAAACGCAAGAUUCAUUACGACCGGAUGUAAAUGAUUUCCGAGAAAUUUUAGACAAUUGUAUCAAAGAAAUGACGAAGCUGAAAAGAUUUUUCGAUGACGAAAAUUUCUGGUGGAAGAUAUUCAAGAAACGAAAUUUCAACUGCUGCGAACAGAAAUUACCACAUUUGCAUGGUUACUUGGAUGGAACUAUGGUUACUUUGAAGAUAUUGGAGGAAAAGAUCGAACCGAACGAUGGUUUCGUUACUUCAACACCGAUAAAAUCAGGUUCUUCGUCACAUUCGGCUGAACCAACCACUCAGAAAAGAAAGUAUGGGGAGCAAGACGAAGAUGAGGUUGAGGGACGUCCUAGAAAAUACGUAGAUGCGUCCGUGAAUACUGAGAAAAUUGACGAUUCUUAUCAAGAUCGAAAUCCUGUUAUUUAUAAAAAACAUCAAGACAAUCCAGGAAGUUCAAAGGCAAAGAAGGAGGAUGCAGAGGUCUACCAAGAGCAACAUGAUUCAGGGGAACCACAAACGUCAAAAGAUAAUCACGCGGUUGAUACUACAAUGAGAUUAUCUAGAAAUUGGUACACUAAGAAUGCCAUGGAUGUUGAAAAUACGGAGAGACCAUCGGUUACAUUUAAUAGCGAGAAUAUGGCGAAAAGAUCAAUUAUUGCUGCUGAUAUCAGCACAUCGAUGGAUAUACUACCGAACGUUCAACAUAGGACUAUGAAACCUUCGAUUAAAGGCUUAAAGAACGUAAUGGAAAGAAACUUUUCAGUCAGAAAUUCCUUUACGAAAGAGCAGAAAGGAAAGAUUAAGAAACAAGGAAACCAUUAACGUCAAAGACGUAUAUGAAAG